GUUUGGAUUGAACAGCACACAAGGCGUCCAUCAGCACCCGUUGGCAGAUCAAGCCCUUUGCUUCCGUUUGGGAAAUAGGGCGACAACUACGUCUUGCCUGGACUACUUUGCAGGAUAGGAACCGCGUUUGGCACGGGGACAGAUACAGGCAGUUGUAUUCAUUUUUAGAGCAUCAGUGCCAUGGCUGACGGUGUGGACGAGCUCUUCGAUGUGCGCAACGCGCUCUACAUUGGCAACUAUCAAGUUUGCGUCAACGAGGCCAACAAGGCAUCGCCCUCGGAUGAUGCCAAGGAGGAUUGCCAGCUGUUGAUGUACCGGGCCAUGGUUGCACAGGGCAAGUACGCCGUUGUCAAAGGUGACAUCUCCACCACCUCGUCAUCUGCUCUCCAGGCCGUCAAGCUUCUGGCGCGUUACCUGCACGGCAAGCACGAGCGUGCGAGCGUCGUGGAAGAGGCCAAAAACUUGGCUGAUGAUGGCAUCUCGCUGACCAACCCAUCUGUUGCGCUAGUGCUUGGCACCAUCUUUUCCCAGGAUGGCCAACAAGAGCAGGCACUCAAGUGCUUGCACGGCGUUGAGGCCGUCGAGGCCAUGGCGCUCUACAUCCAAAUUCUCUUGCAGAUGAACCGUCUGGAUCUGGCCAAAAAGAAACUCAGCGAGCUGCAAAAGCUUGACGAGGAUUCCACCAUGACACAGUUGGCUACUGCCUGGGUUGGUUUGGCCACGGGUGGUGACAAGAUUCAGGAGGCGUUUUACAUCUUCCAGGAACUUUCGGACAAGUUUGGUCCAACGCCUCUUCUCCUCAACGGUCAAGCGGCCACACAUGUGCAGCAAGGCCAGUACGAUGAAGCCGAAGAGGCGCUGCUUGCCGCUCUUGAAAAGGACAGCAACAACGCUGAGACCCUGAUCAAUCUCGUGGCCGUUUCCACUUACAUGGGCAAGGCCCCCGAGGUGGCGCAGCGAUAUCUCAACCAAUUGCGCGAUAGCGCACCAGAGCACCCUUAUGUGGCCGACCUGGCGGAGAAGGAGGGACUUUUCCAAACCUUUUGCCAACAGUACUCGCAGCAAUGAAGCUCUUUCAGCCUCGGGGUCGCCAUCAUUUGACCGACUCCCAAGGCUCAACUCUGUGACUUACCUUUGUCUCGUGCCGACUCUUCCAUUGUGAUUUUGUUUGUGUGGACUAUUGGGUUGGGGCUUUGGGUUGCAUGUGUCUUCUGGCAAAACAGGGCGCUUGCCUCCCGUUUCCGUCUCUCCUGCUUGCUUGCUUGCAGGCUGAAGCAAGGGCUGAUUCGAGUGUGUAUGUGGAUUGGACCCUUUACUCUCUUGU